AUGGGAAAUACUACAAGUGAACAUAAACAUAAUAAGAAAUCAUCAGUAGAUCCCAAAAGACAAUUUAUUGAAACUCAGUUUACUUGUUAUUAUAAUGAAUUAAUACGAAAAUAUAGUAAAUUAGAUAAGGAAAGUUUUAUUAAAUUGUUUGGUGAAGAGUUAUAUCAUCCUUUAUGGAAUUAUUAUUCCUCAAAUUCAGAUGAUUCAAUAUCAUUAAAUAAAUUUAUAAGUAAAAGUGAACCUUUAUUUGAAACUGAUCACAAAAUUUGGGAAGAAAUUUUUAAUGAACCAGAAGACAUUAUAAAAGCUUGCCUUUUAACAAGUGAUAUUGAAGAGGCAAAUGAUGAUAAAGAUUUUAAAGAAAGUAUUAUAUGUAAUAUGAAGAAAGAUGGAAUUUCUAAGUUUAUACAAAAUGAAUGUCCAAGAUUAUGUGAUGGAAUUCGGGAACAUGUAAUUUCUUUAUUAACAGAUAAGAAAAAAAAUUUACAAGAUUACUCUUCAAGUAUUUUAACUCCUUUUCAAAUGUUAUUUAUUAAAGCAUCACUUAAUCCUGUAAUAUAUUUUAAUAAAGAGGGAAAAAAUAAUAGUAAUAGGUGGACAAAGUUAUAUGAUUCUUCAGUUCAUGGUGUUAGUUUGAAUCGUUUUGAAAAUAAUGUAUAUGACUAUAAAAAACCAACAGUCACAAUAUUUAAAUUAACUAAUGGUCAAUUAAUUGUUAUUGCUUUAGAUGAAGAAUGGAAAAAUAGUGUAAAUUGUUAUGGUGGUAAUAAUACUUCAGUAAUACAAAUAAAACCAAAAUUUGAAAGAGAAGAUAAAAGUGGAUCAUUUAGAUGUAAUUUAAAAUUAAAAAGUGCACCAAUGGGUAUACAAUUUGGAAGAUAUCUUAAAAUAGAAAAAGAUUUUAGUAAUGUUAAUGAUAUUGAAGUUUGGGGAUGUGGUGCUGAGGAUGACUUGACAGCACAAAUGAAACAAAAAGUUUGGUACAAAAAAGAAGCUGAAAAAAGAAGUAAAGUUCCUUUACCAGGAGCAUGGGAUGAAAAUCCAGAUAAAACAAUUCUUGAAAUGGGUGGAAUAAAAUUAAACAAUGAACGCCGUGAUUUUGAUCGCCCUGAUGAUACUAUAGCAAGAAAAUUUUAA